UUUACCACAGAGUUUCAUUUUUUUUUUUUUUUUUAUUCUCUUUCUGUUAGGGAAGUUAGUGUCAUAGAUAUAUAUCUACCUUCAGCCCAUACCAGCCAAAGAAAAAAAAAAAAAAAUCUGCAACCUCCUCGAACUCUCAGCCUCGCCUAGUCGCCUCUUGGACGCACAGCGGCGCAGCAGCCAGCAGGUCGAUGAGAUGCAGCCAGUUCUUCUCUUCGUGAUAUUGAGUCGAGGUCUUCUUCCUGUACUGAUUUUCAUUGCAGACUUGCAGUCAUCUUCUCCGGCUUUCCCCAUCCAAGCUUGCUUUGUUUUCUGAGUUGCUCCAAAACGGAAGGUACGGUUAUCUUUUCUUCAAUUCUACAUUGUGAUUCGUCCGUCCUUUUUCUUAUUCAAUGGCAUGCCUUCUUUUUCUCUACUCUAGUAAUCAAUAAAAUGGUCAAUCUUUCUCUGGAAAUCUGAGAAUAAGGAAACCUGCGGAUAAAGUUGCUGCAGCUGGAUUUUUCGUGGUGGUUCCCGAUUUCUUUUAUGGCAACCCUGUGAAUCCUCAAUUCGACCGAGAGUCCUGGUUUAAAGCUCAUAGCAAGAGCACACUGAGCUUGGAGCUGCUUAUCAGAAGUGAGAAACCCCCAUAGACCAAGAGAGUGGUUGAUCAAUGGCGUCGCAAUCAGAUCACCAGGCUAAGAUAAUUGACGGCAAAGCCAUAGCACAGACCAUCCGAUCUGAAAUUGCUGAGGAAGUUCACCAUCUCUCUCAGAAAUAUGGCAAGGUCCCUGGACUGGCAGUAGUGAUUGUGGGGAGCAGGAAGGACUCCCAAAGCUAUGUCAGCAUGAAGCGAAAGGCAUGCACUGAAGUUGGCAUUAAAUCUGUCGACAUAGAUCUCCCUGAGAAUGUGUCCCUAGAUGAUCUCAUAGCCAAAGUUCACGAAUUAAAUGUGAAUCCUGAUGUACAUGGCAUACUUGUUCAGCUUCCAUUGCCAAGGCAUAUUAAUGAAGAGAAAGUGUUAAGUGAAAUCAGCAUCGAGAAGGAUGUAGAUGGGUUUCAUCCUCUUAACAUCGGCAAACUUGCAAUGAAAGGCAGAGAACCUUUAUUCCUCCCUUGCACUCCCAAGGGCUGUCUUGAACUUCUGUCACGGAGUGGUAUAAGCAUAACGGGAAAGAAGGCAGUCGUGGUGGGAAGAAGUAACAUAGUUGGAUUGCCAGUUUCAUUGCUGCUUUUGAAAGCCAAUGCUACUGUUACCGUGGUUCAUUCCAACACUCCUGAUCCAAAGAGUAUCAUUCGUGAAGCGGACAUUGUUAUUGCUGCAGCAGGACAGGCAAUGAUGAUCAAGGGUAGCUGGAUAAAACCAGGUGCUGCAAUUAUAGAUGUUGGCACAAAUGCUGUAGAUGACUCCAGUAAAAAGUCGGGUUAUAGAUUGGUCGGGGAUGUAGAUUUCCAGGAAGCAUGUAAGGUAGCUGGAUGGAUAACUCCGGUUCCUGGUGGAGUUGGCCCGAUGACUGUUGCAAUGCUUCUCAAGAACACAUUGGAUGGUGCUAAGCGAGUGAUUGCGCAGUGAGGGCAGCUGUUAAUCUUUCAUAGUCCCCAUAAUAAGCUGUUGCUAAUUUCAGGAGAUAAUUUUGCAAUGGAGUUCACAGGUUUUGAUUGGAAAAUCCUGUAGUUUUCACUGAUAUUGCAUGGUGUCAUGCAUCUUGUAGUAAACUAAGUCCUUUCUGAAUUUGAUUUAUCUCCCCAAAUUCAUUUUAUAUCUAUAUAAUUAUUGUAUAUUUUGUCAACUAAAGUAAACCUAUAUAUUUACCAAAGAAAGAAAUACGUAAAUCAUUAUAAUUGCAGAGCAA